ACCGGCUGGUGAGGAGGUAAUCGUAUCCCCGCCGAUAAAGGACGCCGCGGGUCCGGCUACCAGCCCUGCGAGCUCGGAGCGGCUCCUGCGCACGAGGACGCUGGGAGGAUGUCGAGACCCCGCUGUUAGCUGACGGCGCAAGAUUGGGGCAGCUAUAAAAGGCCGGAGCAGCUGGGGGCGUUGCUGUUCCCGAGCGCGAGGGGGCGGAGGUACUCAAGGCGGGGGAACGAAAGGAAAGGAACCCGGUCAAAAGGAGCUCCAGAUCUCUCGGAUCGAACUCGGGGAAGUCACAGUCCUCUGGGUAAAGAGGUUACAGAAGUAUCAAUGGAUGAAGAAAGUGAUUGUGUUAUCAAACAUUCCCCCAACGGUAAAAUUUAUCAAACUAGUCCUUGCAGACCUUCCACAGUUGUUGGGUCAUAUGAACCUACAGAUAGUCAGGAUGAUGCAAAUUCUCAUGAAGGGCAUGUAGUACCACGUGUUAGAAACUUGACUCUGGAUCAUGGCAUGACAGAAAAGUACAAGGACCAGAAAUCAUUGGAUCAAAAGUCAGCAACAUCAAAUUCUGCUAAUGCAACUAUACUAUCUGACCAUACUGUUUGUCAGACAUUUUCUGCUGCAAACAAAAAGCAUGGUUCUGGUGUAAAUUGUGCUUUUGUUUCUGAAGCUGCUGCCAAUGGAGACAAACAUCCUAAUGGAGAUAUACAAUCAGCAAAUAACCAAAAGAAAGCUCAGAGUUACACGACACUCACACCUUGGAAGCCAUUGCAUCCUGAUAAUGUCAUGCACCGAGAUGAGGAGGAUUACUGUUCUGUUGCUUCUUCUGUAGCAUCUGUGAAAAAUUCGAAAACUAGGAGAACAGUGGCAAUUGCUCCUACAUUCAGAUGCAGUGAGCGUGCAGAGAGGCGGAAGGAGUUCUAUUCAAAGUUAGAAGAGAAACACCAGGCUAUGGAGGCACAGAAACUCCAAUGUGAAGCUAGGACCAAGGAAGAGCAAGAGGCAGCUCUAAAGCAACUAAGGAAGAAUAUGACUUUUAGAGCGACGCCAAUGCCUAGCUUUUACCUUGAGGGACCACCACCCAAGGUUGAAUUAAAAAAGGUGCCCACAACUCGUGCUAAAUCACCCAAGCUUGGUCGAAGGAAGAGCUGUGGUGAUGCAAGUCAUCGGGCUGAAGGAGAUAACUGCAGCGGAGUAUGUGGUCGGCUUCAGCGUCACAGUUUGGGUGCCUACAAGGAUGCUACAAACAAGUUACAAAACAGUCCUAAGAACAGAAGUGCAACUACAACCAAGGAAGCGAACAAAUCCAUGAGGGAGAACUCGAAGCCCGAUGCCAGCAAGGUAGCAGCCCUGGAUACUACCGGCACCACCGUGCAAGGUCUGGCUGACACCGGUGUCACUGUGCAGCCCUGAUGUUUGCUUUUCCAUGCUUUGAUCUUAGUUUUUCCAUACUCUCAAAAUUCACCUGAUAAUUUAUCUCGACAUCAAAAUGCCAAUUGUUGAAGACUGGUAAUCAUGCAAGGAGUUUGUUGCUGUGGACUUCAUACGCAUGCUGUUGUAAAUUUUGUAUGUAAUGAUCCUGACAGUGGUGUAGUACUGCUAGAAUUACUGUUCUCCGUUGUCUAAUCCUUUUUGAGCAUCUUAAAUUUGAA